GUAGAGUCAUGGUGGGGCCCGGCCCCGCUGCCAGCGCUGCCGCGGAAGAGCGGUGGCAAAAGCUCCAGGCAUACUUGGCAGCCAAGGGAAAGCUGAAGGACCCGAACACCAAGCCUUAUCUAAAAGCCAAGAAUAUCUGCCCUAAACCACCACCUUCUAAAUAUACUCCUGGACCCAAAAAAGAUGUUUCCAGUCAUGCUGCUUUGCCUAUCAAAACUACAAGACCCGCCAACAUUAAACUGCAGACUAAACCAGCCAAUAUCACAGGGUCCCAGAAGCCAGAGUUGGAGCCACCAAAACCUCCAGGCAAGGGGUUCAAGUCAAGCUGUUUUUCUUCUAACUCAGGCUAUAAACAGUCCAGCCAGACUCAGCAGCAACACAAAGCGGUGUCGUCCACUACAGAACUGUCAAGAAGGCCUCGGCGGUCCCAUUCUACAGAGAAACUGAAAACCAAAAGGCAACAGGAAUCACUUCAAGGAAAUGCUAAAUGUACAGAUCCCAUGGCUAAUACCCAUGUUGAAAAGCAAUCUUUGGAUGGCUUUCUAGACAAGACGAACAAAGAGAAUUUGCCCCAAACCUUGUUAGAACCGAAGAAGCCAGCUCUUGACUCACGCACCAUAAAAAAGACAAACACUGGCUCUUUUAAUCAGACUCAGAGAAGUCUGGCUCCUAAACAGACCUUAAGCAAAAGUUCAGUUAAUCAUGCUGCUCUGAAAGACAGAGCUAACAAGCAGUUUGUUAGAAACACACAGACCAGAGCUCAGCCAGCAAAGUCACAGCAACUCUCUACAGCUGCAGAUUCUGCACAGCCAAGAGAAAAGCCACGGACAGCUCCCUCUCACUUCAUUCCAGCCCAUAAUAGGACUCAGACAUCAAAGAAACCAGUGGUCAAGGACACACAGGAUGUAAAGGCUAACAGGGUUAGAUGUGGAAAACCAAAUGAAACUAAGGUACAGUCAUGCCCUGCUGGUGAACAGAAAGUAAAACAUGCCAAGCAUAGUUCCCAUCCCAGCAUGCUUCAGGGAGGACCUAACAACAGGCAUUCAAACAUGACGCAGGAUCAGAAGCCAGUGAAGCCUUGUCUUGGACCCCGGACACCAUGUGUUCUGCAAAAAUCAAGAACUACAAGCCAGAGGCCUAAUUUGACAGCUGGCAACUUUAAUUCAGUUAUUCCAAGCACGCCUAGCAUAAGAACAAAUAAAACCUAUAACAAUAAAUGCAAUAGCAUCUUUCAACAGAAAGCACAGACUUUGGACUCCAGGUUCAAAAAGGUUCUUCCCCAGAGCCAUUUUCUGAGCAAGACUGCUCUCAAACCUCAAGUAGAAAGGGAGCAAGCAAGUAGGAAGGGAGCCCCGAGUGCAAGCCAGACUCAUCCACAUGUUAAACAGACCAAAGCAGAGGAUCGAAGGAAACAGCUGUUAGAGUGGCAGAAAUCUAAAGGGAAAACCUAUAAACGACCUCCCAUGAAAUUGAAAAAAAAGAGAAAAAUCAUAGAGGAAAUGAACAUUUCGUUCUGGAAGAGCAUUGAAAGAGAAGAAGAAGAAGAAAAGAAAGCCCAGCUGGAGCUGUCCAGUAAAAUUGACAGCACUCUGACAGAAUGUCUGCGGCUCAUUGAGGAGGGUGUACUUCCUAAUGAAAUAUUUACCAUAUUGUCCAGCAUUCCUAAGGCUGAAAAGUUUGCCAAGUUCUGGGUGUGUAAAGCAAAGCUGCUGGCAAGUAAAGGCGCAUUUGAUGCCGUUGGACUGUAUGAAGAGGCCGUGAAAAAUGGGGCAGCACCAAUACAAGAACUGUGGGAAGUGCUGAACAUUUUGCAAGAUCCAAACAGAAACACAGAAGCAGUCACCUCUGACUCCUUAGCUGCUGAACCUAAUGCCACAGCUGUGGAAGAGCUGGCCAAGGAGGAGGAAUCUGGGCAGCUGAGUCCUGGUCUAACCGAAAGGGAACAGGUUGCAGCACCUCAGAAGCCCACAACAGAGUGGGAUAACACUGGUAUCAAAUUACAGAUCGCCCCAGUCCCCAGAAUAUGCGGUUUGCCAGAAGCACAAGACAUGAAGCUGAUCACUCCUGUGCGGCGCUCUGCCAGGAUCGAGCGAGCUGUGGCCCGCUACCCGGAAAUGCUACAGGACCAUGACGUCGUGGUGGCCUCUCUUGACGAGCUGUUGGAGGUGGAAAAGGGAGAUUGCUUUGUCUUCCGUGAGAAUGAGGCUUUGCCUGUGACGCUAGGUUUUGAAAUCCUUGAAUCAUGAUCUUUUGAUGUUUGUUUUUGUCUUUUAGUAUUUUAGUAGUUUUUUCCUAGGGCUUGCAAGAGGUGAGUGCCCUUGUCAAAAUGCCCUGAACUAAAUGUAUACUGAGACACCAUGGUGCAGAUGAUAGGCUCUCGGGUCUGAGGAACUAAUGCACUGGGUACGUCAGAUUGUAUAUCCCCAUGAGAAAACAUUUGGUUCGGGUGUUUUGUUAUAUAGUUUGUAACAGCUUUACAGCAUACAUAAGUUUCAGAAUACCAAAUAUUAGUUUUUCUCAAAUGUAGAGGGGAAAGAACCACUGUGCUGUUCUGCAAUGAUCCUGUUGUAAUUAUUUUCAUACUCAAAGGCUGAAGCUGUGGUAUGACUGACUUUCCCUUCCGUGUCACCUCACCCCAAGGGCAGGUUCCUAGAGUGGGAAGAAUUGAGUUUUGAAACUCGUUCACCAGGCUGGACCGUCAAGCUCCAUACAUUACAGAGAGUAAGGUUUAGGCUAGCCUUCACUCAGACCUUUGUCUUCCAUUCCAGUGACCCUGUAGAGGAGGCUGACUUGUCCUCUCUAGGGAGGCUUCCUCCAGCGAAGCACAAUCCAGGAUUGAGGUGGCCACCUGGGUUUUCUUAUGCCCAGUCCUCAUUCUGCACUUGCUAUUCGGAAAUGCUCCAAGUGAAAACAGAAGUUGUGGGGACAGCACUCGCUGCAUCCAAUCUUUUCUCUGCCAGGGGAUUCAUGGCCUGAAAAUGCCAUGUAAGCCCCAGAGCCCAUGGCGGGGCUUUUUUCUUCUCUUUCUCCUUUUUUCUUCGCCCUUCUCCUAAGGGCGGUUGCUCUUAGAACGAAAAAACAGACUUGUUUUGUAAAUAUAAUGUAUAGAAAACCUAGU